AUUAUUGAUUAAAGUAACUUUUUCCCCUAAGAAAUGGCUGGAAGCUUCUGUUCUCGCGGUUUGCCACUUGAAGGAAUGGUGAUUCUGUUGGGAAUAAUUAUUUUUGGUUUUGGGAUCGGGGAGUGUAACUUGAUGCCGGGAAAGAAGAUUUUGGAAGUCAGAGAGAAGAUAAAACACCUCAAAAGCAACACAGUAAGCAGACUUCAGAGAGGAGAUGGUGAUAUUAUAGAUUGCAUCGACAUCUACAAGCAGCCUGCUUUUGAUCAUCCUGCUUUAAGGAAUCACACCAUCCAGAUGGCACCCAGUUACGAUCCAAAUAUAGAGGAAACAGCAACAAAAGCAAAUAGAUUGCAGAAUCAAGACUCUUCAAUGAGUUUAGCAUCACGACUAUGGCAGAAAAGUGGAAGCUGUCCUAAGGGAACAAUCCCAGUCCGAAGAUUACCGCAGAAAGUACCGCUUAAAACAAAUUCACUUGAAGACUAUGGAAGGAAGAAGCCUAGUUAUUCUCCUCGGCUUACUCGUAUCAAUAAAGACAUCAGCUCAAACCUUCAGCAGAGUAAUCGCUCGGUGGCUAUACUGCUCACAGAAGGGUAUAGUUAUUCAGGGGUUAAGGGAGACAUAAAAGUUUGGAAUCCUCAUGUUGAAUCUGAUGAUGAAUACAGCACUUCUCAAGUUAGUCUGAAAAGUGGUCCUUACUAUGAUUUUGAGAGUGUCGAAGCUGGAUGGGCGGUUAGCAAAACACUGUUAAUUCGUACUGUGUUUGAUUUACAUAACUCAAAGCUACACAACUGCAUAUUGUUUGUUGACUCCGUGCAAUGUAGUUUUUCUUGCAUAAAAUCAGAUUUUCCAGAACACUUCUCAACUUUGCAGGUAAAUCCAAGUGUUUAUGGAGACAGAAAAACUCGAUUAUUUGUGUAUUGGACUGCUGAUGCAUCAAAGAAAACAGGUUGCUUUGAUCUUACAUGUCCUGGUUUUGUUCAAACUAGCGGUGAAAUUGCUCUUGGUGCAGCGAUAUAUCCUCUUUCAGUCCCUUCUGGUCUCCCUUAUCAAAUAACCCUUUUCAUAUUUAAGGACCCGAACACAGGCAACUGGUGGGUGCAGUAUGGAGAGAAAAUUAAUCUGGGUUACUGGCCACCUGACUUGUUUGCUUGGUUGCGUGGUAAUGCAGAAACAGCUGAGUGGGGAGGGGAAGUGUACAGCUCAAAACUGGAGCAUCCUCCCCAUACCAAGACAGCUAUGGGUAAUGGACAAUUUCCUGAUUAUGUAUCAGGAAAUUCCGGUUGCAUCAAGAGAAUGCGAAUUCGUGAAAAUUCUCUAGUCUUGAAGUUCCCGGAGUGGGUCUCAACUUUCUUGGACGAGUACAGGUGCUAUGAUGCUGAGUAUAUUGGUGAUUACAUAGAAGAUCCUGAGUUCUAUUACGGAGGGCCUGGUCAGAAUCCCCUCAAUGGAGUAAAUGGCAAAACUAAAGCUAGAAAACAUCGAUCUGAAAUCAAUAGGAGGUUAAAGCUUCUCAAUAAACCUGCAGUCAAGACCAUUAAGAAUCUUCACAAAAUAGAAUUAACCCCUUGUUUUUUUUUACUUAUUAAGGCAAGGAUAGCAAGCCUAAUGUAUUGCCAGUUGGUAUUGUUCUUGCAGAGUGAAGAUGGAGAUAUUAUUGCUUGUGUUGAUAUCUACAAGCAACCUGCUUUUGAUCAUCCUGCUCUGAAAAACCAUACUAUUCAGAUGCAACCUAGUUUUAUUCCUUCAACAGAGACUCCAAAUGGAGAACGCGAGAAUUCUCGGCCGGUUGUGUCUCAACUUUGGAAAAAAAGAGGUAGUUGUCCAAAGGGAACUAUUCCUAUCCGCAGAAUCCGAAGGCAGGAGUUAUUGAGAACUAAUGGGAGAAAGAGCCCUGAACAUCUCAAAGGAACAAACAAAACAGCCACCCAGGAUCGCUUUAUGCACCUCAACAACACCAAAGGCCCAAUUCAUUAUCCUACUCCAGAAAAUCGUUCUACCGCAAUCCUUUUGACAUACGGAUACAAUUAUGUUGGAGCCAGUGCAGAAAUAAAUGUCUGGAACCCACGUGUUGAAAGGUUACCCGAAUUCACUACUGCUCAAAUCUGGCUUAAGAGUGGUGCAGUAAACAAUUUUGAAAGCGUGGAAGCAGGAUGGACGGUACACCCAGCAGAAUAUAGUGAUGCACGGACUAGAUUUUUUGUGUACUGGACUGUUGAUGGAUACAAGAAAACAGGUUGCUUCGACCUUACUUGUUAUGGAUUCGUGCAAACUAGCACCGAAAUUGCCCUUGGUGGAGCUGUUGAGCCCGGUUCUAGUUCAUUUCAACAACAGUAUGUUCUCCCAAUCAACAUCUUCAUGGAUCCAACCACAACCAAUUGGUGGCUGGUAUGUCAAAACAUUGCUGUUGGAUACUGGCCUGGAAGUCUCUUCUCUUCGCUAAAACACAGUGCCACAUCUGUUGAAUGGGGAGGACAAGUUUAUAGUGUUAAUGUCAGGAAAACUCCCCACACAAAGACAGCCAUGGGAAGUGGAUAUGACGCGGACGAGUUGUAUGGUUUUGCAUGUUUCAUUGGACAGCCAAGGAUUCUGGAUUAUUCUAAGUCAUACAAGUACCCUACCUUUGUUGCCGUUUGGCAAGACGAAUAUAAUUGCUACUCUGCAAUUAAUUACAAAGCAGGGAAUGCAAAUGAUGAAGCUACAUUUUUCUUCGGAGGGCCAGGUCAAAGCUAUCGUUGUCCAUGAGAGUACUGAAAACCUUUAAAAAAAAGUCUUCAAAACGUUUUAUGAAUAUAAACCUAAAAAAUAAGUGUCUUGAAACGUUUUUCUUUUAAAUAUGGUUUGGAAAAGAUGUUUAGGAGAUUCAUCCAGCAGUCCUUUGAUCCGUAAUCAACUUUAUUUUGAAUAUAAACCUCAACAAUAUGAUUGUUGGUUUACUCUUUCUGAUUACGCUCAAAUUUGAAGAUUACUUGUGGUAUGAAUUGAAGAUCACCAGAUUUGCUUGUGAAA